AUGUGUUAUGGGCAUGACUUUGAGUUUGCCCAUGUUUUCCUGGAGUCUGGGACAUAUGUUUUCAGGGAUAAGACCAUUCAGGAACACUUCCUGAUUGUGACUGUGAAUGAAGCAAAUGUGGGCUGUGACCCCAGAAAUGUGUCCUUCCAGCCCUCUUCUCUGUUCCAGCUGGCCAGACAUGGGGUUUUGAAGCAACAGGAUCUGAACUUAGCUCCUAACUGGGCUGCUAUCACAGUGGUCCUCUUUGUUCUGGGCUUCCUAAUUGUGAUGCUGACAACCCUGGCCAUAGUGCUUCAGCCUGCUGUCCCCAUCAUUAGCCCCCUGAAGAGCUGGAAGCCACGAUGGAGGAGCCUGGGCGAGCCACAUGUCCCACCAGAGUACAUCCUCCUUAAAGACAGCCUUCAGUUCUAUCAGAUGGUGGGUCCUCAUGCUUCUGGAGAAGGUGCUGGCUUUGCAGAGAAAGGAGCUACACGUAAUGCAGAAGACCGUUUUGCACUGCGAGUUCUGGAGGACUUCAGUGUUCGCACCCUGUACGAUAAGCUGGAAGAUCAGAAUUUGCACCUGGCAUCUCAGCUGGCAAAGCACAGGAGGGAUGUGUUGGUGUUUUACAACGGAAUCAGCCAGCAGGUUCAAAAUCUCAUGAACAUGGUGCAAGCACUGGACUCCGAAGGCCUGAAAAUCUUCACCAGGCAAAGGAUUUGUAGUCAUAAACCUGCAGACAGCAGCGGGGCAGCAGUGGGCGUUGAACAAUUCGAUGAGCACGGUAGCAACAACUUUCAAGCAGGUGCUCCAUGGCAAGAGGCGACAGAGUUAAUGAAAACUCUGGAAAUGCUGCUUGGGAAUGCUCUGUACAAGAACGUAGCUGUGAAACAAGAGAUGGAGCAGAAGGUCCAAGGACAGGAUGUGGUGGCAGUUGUACCCUCACUGGGCAGCCUGGCCAGUGAAAAUAAAUCAGAAGUAGUGGAAGGGCAGGAUCAUGAGCUGCCUCAGCAAUAUGAGCUCUUCAGCAGGAAAGAUGCUUUUUUCAGCUUCCCUGGACAUGAAGAACAUGAUCUCCAGUUGGCUUAUCUGACCGAGUUGGAGGUAGAGGGCCUGAUAGCAGCUUCUCCACUUGCCAAGACUCUGUGUGAGAUCAAGCAAGCUUUGGUGAAUCUGCAGCAACCUUCAGACCUUGUUAAUUCAGAAAAUGAAAAGACCCUUUGCAACAUUCAGUGUAAAGUUCAGCUUCUCUUGGAGAGCAUCAAACGCUGCUGUGGCUGUGAGAAGGAAGGUGAAAUUGAACUGGCAGAUGAGAAUGACCAGGUGAAGAAUUUGCUCCAGAACCAGGACCACUACACACCACAGCUCCUGGCUAAAUUGGGGAAGUGAGAAGAUUCAAAAGUGUCACCUACCAGAGUGAAGUCCAGAAAAUACGGCAAACAAGCAAUCUCGCUUUUUGAAGUUCCAUCCAAAGAAGUAGAGAUACACGUGAGCCAGCGGUGUCAUGGUGUCUGCUGAAGAGGUUCUUUGCACUAGAAGCAGUGCUGCCAGAAAAGACUUUCUACUUAGAUUUCUACAACAAUACAGUCAUUUGUAUUCUGUCAGUUUUUGGUGUGGAGAACUGCUCAUUCAAAACAUUUUCACAUGGGUCAUCAAGAAGCUAUGAUUGUCUCUAAUAUAUCUAAAGUAAUCCUGGGUUACUUGAAAUAGUGAGCUACAGAGGUGUGUCUGUCUAUCAACUGCUGAGUUAGCUGCUCCCUGCCUAAAGAAAGUUCAAAAAGUGCGUCUAGAACUUGCAGAGCCAACCUGUAGUUUGCGGUCUGAAUCUGCUCCUCCAGAACAACACACCCAGCCUCAUUCCUGACAGACAUCGCAGCCUGUCAAGUGGCAGAGGCAAGCUUCAGGAUGAAAAAGGGACAGUUAAAAGAGGAAUGAAGCAGUACUCAUAAUAACGGCCUUCUGGAAGCAAUGUGCUGGCGUUCUGUAUUUCUGCAUGUGUAAGAGUGACCAGGGAGCGUACAUUGGCAGUGUCCUUUGUUCUUGAGUUGGACAGCCCCAUCUCUGACGCUGGAAGGAAACUGUUCCUGUUUCCAAAAGGAGCUCGGCUUUACCUCCAGCGAUGCAGAGGGGACAGCGCUAUCUGCCGGAUCUGCAGAACAGCGCCGUUGUUUUCCAGGAUUGCCCAGCACCGGACGUUUCUUACCUCCUGCCUGCGUGUACACACACAGCACACAUGAAAGACGAUGACAAUUGUGCUACUAGGAGGAGACAGUUGGAAACUCACAGAUGGAAGGUGUGGAACAUAGCCAAAGACCACAAAAGUUUCUCUUUCACAAUGAGAGAUUUGAUUCUGCAAGAUUACCUGACCAAACAUCUCCAGGACAAAAAAAGUCUCUUGGAAUCCUUCAUAUUUCCUGGACUCCUGUGAAAACAAACCGCAUUUGAGAAGUAGUUCAGAGCUGUCUUCUAGGGGACUUGGAAAUGAACUUAAAGCUGUAUGCUUGUGUUUACUGACAGCUGGGAAGAGAUUCAGCUUUGUUCACUGUUUAAGGAAAAAAGCAGCAGCUAGCACUUCAAUCCAGCCAA